ACAAUGAACAAAGAAUUGGAUCAGAACGUCUCAGCCCAAGACUUUCACUCAUUCUUUUUAAAUGGGUCGACUUCAUAUUUUCACCUUCAGAGCAACAUUACCUAUCUUCCCUUUUACCAGCACAUAUCUUCUAUUGCCACAGUCUUCAUAAUCUCAUACCUUCUAAUCUUCCUGCUCUGCAUGCUUGGUAAUGGAUUGGUUUGUUUUAUUGUGGUGAGGAACCGACACAUGCGGACAGUCACCAACCUCUUCAUCCUUAACCUCGCCAUUAGCGAUCUCCUUGUUGGGAUAUUCUGCAUGCCUACAACUCUUGUGGACAAUAUCCUGACGGGAUGGCCUUUUGGAAACUUUGUUUGCAAGAUAAGUGGCUUGGUUCAAGGAAUUUCUGUUUCAGCUUCAGUUUUUACUCUAGUUGCUAUUGCAGUGGACAGGUUCAGGUGUAUCGUCUACCCUUUCAAACAAAAACUUAACAUGACUGUUGCAACUAUCAUCAUCGCUGUCAUAUGGGUUCUUGCUGUCUCAAUAAUAUGUCCUUCUGCAAUCAUGCUACAAGUAACCAAACUGCCUGACAACGUAAGGAUUAUCCAAAGUAGUAAGAAAAUGUAUCCUUGCUAUCAAUGUUACGAGGCAUGGCCAAAUCUGAAAAUGAGAAAGAUUUACACCACAGUGUUAUUUUCCAACAUUUACUUGGCUCCUCUGUCACUCAUAGUUAUUAUGUAUGCAAGGAUAGGAGUUGCAUUGUUUAAAACCAGCAUACCUGUUGGUGAAGGGUCUCACCAGGAAAAUGGCAAUGCUGUGUCUAAAAAAAAGCAACGGGUGAUCAAAAUGUUGGCCACUGUAGCCCUGCUGUUCACUUUGUCAUGGCUCCCUCUCUGGACUCUAAUGAUGCUGUCUGACUAUACAAGGCUCUCGCACAGUCAGUUGAGAAUAAUCAAUUUGUACAUCUAUCCUUUCGCCCAUUGGUUAGCCUUCUGCAACAGCAGUGUCAACCCCAUCAUCUAUGGUUAUUUCAACAAGAAUUUUCGACGAGGUUUUCAGGCUGCCUUCAAGUUUCAGCUGUGCUCUUCUGAAGUCAAGCACCGAGAGACCUAUUCUCAUCGGAUUUCCAACAAAUUCAUUUUAACAGCACAGAACAAAAUCGGGCAAGAUCCCGUGACUAGCAACUCGGAGGCUGCAAACAAUUGUAGCACAAGUCGAGCAGACAAAAAUACCUGCAGGCAGAGCGAAAACCUUGUCCUUGAAGAGUUGGAUAAAAGAAUAAAACACGGUGUUCAUAAAGUUUCACUCUAA